AUGAUAAAAAUAAAAACGUGCGUCUGAAACACACACGCAAACACCUGCGUUUAAGAAGUAAAGAGAGCAUUGCAUGCCACAUUCUAGUCAGUUGAAACAUACGAUAGUAUUUUAAAGUACGCUGAUAAUUGAGACAAAAAAUACUGCGCACUGUCGCCUAUAUUAAUCGAAAAAAUACGAUUCCUUAAUCAACGACAAUAUUUUUUUGAUUUCACAUUUGAAACUUGGAUUUGGCGCCUUCUGUUUUAAUUAUUAUACACUUGUUAGUUACAACUACUACUAACUCCUAGUAGUUGGUGAGCGAUGCCUGGGAAGAAGGGGAAGAAGGGGAAGAAGAGUGGGGGUGGCAAGAAGAAGAGUGCCAAGGGGGGCAAGGGGGCGGGCGCAGGCGGGGGUCCGACUGUGAUAGAUGGGAUAGCGACCCAGGACAUGACCCCCCAGCAGUUGGAGGAGGCGGUGGUGCGCAUGCGGGAGGAGAUGGACCGGGAGAGGGAGGAGAGGAACUACUUCCAGUUGGAGCGUGACAAGAUCAACACGUUCUGGGAGAUCACGAAGCGACAGCUGGACGAGAGCAGGGCGGAGAUGAGGAACAAGGACAAGGAGAUGGAGGAUGCGGAGGAGAGACACCAGGUGGAGAUCAAGGUCUACAAGCAGAAGGUGAAGCAUUUGAUCUACGAGCACCAGAACAAGAUCAGUGAGCUGAAGGCGGACGGGGCAGUGGCCAUCAAACUGGCCCAGGACGACCACCGCCACUCGGAGAACGAAUUGCGCCAGAACACCAGGUCCCUCAAGGUGGACUUGAAGGAGAAGGAGUUGUCGCACGAGGAUGUGAUCAAAGACCUGCAGUUGAAGAAUGACGAGCUCAUGUCCAAGAUGAGGAGUGACUUCGAGCGACAGGUGAGGGAGAUAGAGGGCAAGUACGAGAAGAAGAUGCGGGAUCUGAGGGACGAGCUGGAGUUGCGGAGGAAGACGGAGAUCCACGAGAUAGAGGAGCGGAAGAACACCCAGAUCAACACUCUGAUGAAGAACCACGAGAAGGCGUUCAGCGACAUCAAGAACUACUACAACGACAUCACCCUCAACAACCUCGCUCUCAUCAACUCCCUCAAGGAACAGGUGGAGACUAUGAAGGACCAGGCGGAGAAGAAGGAGAAGAUGAUGAACGAGAUCAAGUCGGAGAACAAGCGCCUCACCGAGCCACUCAACAAGGCCAAGGAGGAGGUGGCAGAACUGAGACGCCAACUGGCCAACUACGAGAAGGACAAGACUGCCCUGGCCUCCACCAAGUCCAGACUGAAGAUACUCUCGGAGGAGCAUCGCAACUUGAAGUGGGAACAUGAGACACUAGAGCAGAGGUUCGACAAGACACAAACGGAGAGAGAUGAACUCUACAAGAAGUUUUUGAAGGCCAUCCAGGAAGUGCAGCAGAAGUCCAGUUUUAAGAACCUGCUCCUGGAAAAGAAACUGGGGGCGCUCGCUGACACGUUGGAAAAGAAGGAGGCGCAGCUGAACGAGGUGUUGUCGGCUUCUAACCUGGACCCGACUGCUCUGUCCGUGGUAACUCGUAAAUUGGAGGAUGUUCUGGACGCCAAGAACAGCGCCAUCAAGGACCUCCAGUACGAGUUGGCGAGAGUGUGUAAGGCACACAACGACCUCAUGCGGACUUACGAGGCCAAGUUGAGCUCGUUCGGGAUCCCGAUUGACGAACUGGGCUUUAAACCCCUGGAGUCCACCGUGUCAGGCCAGGCACUGGGACAGGGUCCCGCUGGGCUGGUCGCCGCAUCCAACUGACCCAUAUAGAUCCGCAAAAAUGGAAAAAAGAAAAGUUACGUUGCAUGCUGUUUGCCUUUUUUAAACGAAAUUGUAAAGCGUUGAUAAGAUGAGCUAUUUUAUAAGCACAACUUUUUGAUUUUCAGAGCAAACUUUUGAAGAGUGUGAUAAUCUUUUU